CAGUCUUCUCUCUGUUUUUUUUUUUUGUCGGAUCUCUUUCAGUUCAUUUCCCAUGGCGUCAUGCAUUUCUCUUGUUUCUGUCUCAGAACAGCGCGUCUUCAAGUGGAUAUUUUAGUUGGUUGGCAUGAGAUUUGAUGGGUAUUUACAUCAGUAGGGGCUCUUGCGGAUCUCAUGCCAAAGAGUAUAGCCUCUCUGCCAAGUUCGGCUCUAUUCGUAAAACCAGUGGGCUGACUAUUCAAAGGAAAUCGAACCGAGUGGGUGGCGGUCGCAAAUUUUCAGUUUCCGCUGUUUACCGCAAUAGGGGUGGAUCUGGUGAUUUUGUAGCCGGUUUUCUUCUCGGAGGUGCUGUGUUUGGCACUGUGGCAUAUAUCUUUGCUCCGCAGAUCCGAAGAUCAUUGCUGGAUGAAGAUGAAAAUGGCUUCACGAGGCCCAGUCAGCCAGCUUACUACGAUGAAGGUUUAGAGAAAACAAGAGAGACUUUGAAUGAGAAGAUCAGCCAACUGAAUUCAUCCAUUGACAAUGUAUCUUCGCGUCUGAGGAGCAGCAGAAACAGCAGUUCCCCUGCUGUCCCGGUCGAAACCGACCCUGAAGUAGAAGCUACCACUUGAGAUGCACAUAUGACUGAACCAAGCGUGAGAGAGGACAAAACCGACCAAAACAAACAAUUCAUCGGUUUGAUUUUCUUUUUCUUUAUUUUCAGUGUGACCUUGUAGACUUCGUCAAGCCUAAGAAUUAAAAUUCUUUUUUCCAAUGGCCAA